UUUACACAAACACAUACAUUUCCACUUCCACAGCUUGUCCAGGCCGUGACAUGGUAGCAAUGCCCUAAGAUUUCGACCUCCAUAUCGAUACCUUAUUACGAGCUCUUAAUUGAGUCCUCGACCCAUAUACAUGCCAUCCUCCAGAAUGGCCCCCAUCCCCAAAAACCCCCAGUCAAAAGGCAAAACCCUUACCAGGCAAGCCUCUGACGAAGACGAAGACGAAGACGAAGAACCCUCUGCUUCUCUUUCAACACAGACCCCUCAGCGAUUUCAUCGAAAGAAUGGCUUUAACGAUACCGAAUUACAACAGAUUGCACACCUCCUUUAACAAAUGAACUUGCAAGAGACCCCGGCUCCUGCUGCCUCUCCUGCUCGUCCCUUACCAAUAUCGAACCCUCCUCCCUCCUCUCGCUUGCGCGCCGCAGAUAUUGGUUAUUUUGAUCCUGAAGGCACGGAUAUAACAGGAAAGACUGUGAUUUAUACGGACGUUUUCGCAUUUACGGAUAUGCUCUUGCAUUUGGCAGAGACUCAGCACGACGAUAUUCGCACGGCCUUCCCCCUUUGCCUUCGUGGCACCGCUCUCUUUUGGUACUCGACAGAGCUUACACCCCUGGAACGCUCUCUCCUGUCGUCCGCUCCAGUUUCUACACUUUGCACUUCUCUUAUUUCACGAUUCAAGGAACGUCCUGGUAUCGCUUUACGUGCUUUGAUUUCCUCUCGGUUUACCUUCUCUGAUAUUCGCUCUGGCAAGACUAUACGUACACACGUCCAAGAGAUGCUUCGAUUCGCUCGUUCUUCUGGUUUUGAGUCUGAGUUUAAUACUCUUCUCUUAAUACACAAUUCCCUCGAUACUUCUUUACGUGGCCAUAUUGACGAACCAACGGAGACAACUACCCUCGGCCAGUUCUUGACUGCAAUUGACGCAAAAUGGAGCCUCUGGCUAGAUAUGGCUCACCGAGCUCCCUGGCCAAGACAAAAUCAGAAUCAGAAUCAGAAUCUCCUUCCUGGCCUUCCUGAACCUCCUGUUAAUACCACUUAACCUCUGAAUUCAGCUCCACAGGACUCCCCAGCCACACGAGAUUACUAUCGCAAGCCUUAUAGGGCAAGAGCUUACCAGGUUGAAGCAGAGGAGGAGACGUAUACCCCUAGCUCUAGUGGUCCUAGUGCGGCAAAUCUGUGGUAUCAGAACUUUGUUGAGCAGGAGGAGAAGAGGGUUGAGGAGCUAGUUCAGGGCGUGGGCUAGGCUCAAACGGGGACGUUUCCUUUCCUUUUUGAGGGGGCAUGUCACGUGCUGCGCACAGGCGUAUAUAUAGCUUCUUCACCGCCAUUAGGGCACCAUUAUUCAUACAUAUAUUUACACAAACACAUACAUUUCCAC